AUGGCGGUCAGGACCUCUGCUUUGUUCUCUCUCUAUCCCCUCAAUGGGAACGACCGCUCGCCUAACGCAAAGCUGAGCCCGUUCUGGGACCUCGGCUCACGAAUCUCUGUACGGCUGCGGAAGAAGAACGGUCAAACAAUGAACUUCGCGGAGGCGAUGGACUUUCUCAAGCGCAAUGGACUGGCCAUCCAGGAGGACUACAGAAACCUGUGCAAGUCGGAUGCUCAAUUUCGCGACAGGAAUGUCACCUUGCCAUCGAAACCUACUGCUGUCAACUUCCACAUCAAGCCCCAUAUUGAGAACCUCCCGUGGCAGGAUAUCCUUAGCGGGGCGUCCUUUGCCGGCGUUGAUUCAAAAGGAGCUAUGAACAAGGAAGUCCCAGAGCUGCGCUGGCAGGCCGGAAACGCACCUCGCCCUAAUUCAAAAGUCUCGCAGGGCAAGAGACACCAGAAGCGCAGUACAUGCCAACAAGUCAACUCUCACGCCGCAGUGCAACAUGAGAUCCUGGGCAAUGUGAAGGCGCUGGGAGCCCUCGGCCUUGCGGCUCCCCAUCAGGACCGGAGACGUUCCAGCGGCUGGUCGGUCGAUCAACAAAACGAUCUAUACACGGUCUCGAUGAGCAAGGAGUACUUCCGCAACGACAUCAAGAACCAAGCGUGCGGCAUCGAUGAGUACACGGGCGACCGGACAAUGAAUCGCGAGGCCUGCCACGAAAUUCUCCGCGAAGUGUGCGACACUAUCGAUGCCAGGCUCGCGCGGUCCGUCUCGGAUAUGGACAAUGUGAACGGCUGGGUCGCAGGCGCUACCGCUCCGUUUGUGGGACACCUGGCGAACCGCUUCCACUCGUAUUCAGCGUUGGUUAACGUGUUCCGCCUCGAGCCCAACCAGGACUUCUACGGCAGGGAGGUGUUUGAGGGUCUCAAGGACAGCCUGGUGUCGAAGGCGUAUGCGGACGAAAACUGCUUCAACAAAUGCACUCGGAAUGGUCCGGGGGGCGGUCAUCACAGUCGCGGCUGGGGAACCGCAGUCCACGAAUUCGGCGACGUAGUCUGCCGCGCAGGCUGCUACGACGUAACCGAGCAGCGCUUCGACGGCCUCUACGGCCUGGACUCCAGCAAGCACAACCUAGACGCCGAGCGUGCGCCCUGGAACCUCACCGAGACAGCAAUCGUGCGGAACUCGUAUGACGCCUACGUGCACCGCCGACCCGAGGUGUACCUCCCAGGCUCCUUCAACCUGGACCCGUUCGCGCACCAUCUCAAGGACAACUCGCCCGUGAUCCCCAUCUGCAUGAGCGACUACCACAGCGUCUCGCCGACCAGCAACUACGUCAAGGACCAGGGCUCCUUCGCCUGCACCUGCGGCAACAGGUACGGCAACGAGUCCGAGCUCUUCUGGAGCGCGUCCAACUGGCAGGGCCGCCAGAAGAAGCACGAGUAUGCCAUGCUAUACAACUGCCUGCACGGCCCGCUCAUGGCGCCGGCACAGCAAGCGCCCGCCGCCUACCUCGUCAACAUGUGCAAGGUUAAGCAUCGCGCCGUCGCGCCGCCCGGUGGCGGCUCCCAUCAGCAGGAGAAGAACAAAGGCAACUAUGCGCACAACUUGCGCGCGUGCAACUUGUACAUCAGGUUCUAUGAGGAGAACCAGCACCGUGACGACCGCUGGCUCGACGAUAAUACGUGUAAGCUCUGGGCCGCGAAUGCGGAUGACUUCCACAGGGGCACGAACUAUAAGAGGCCUGACAUGAGCUAUGUGAACCAUUAUGUCGACGAUGGUGGCUGCAGUGGGUAUAGACGCCGGUGGAAGGAGUGCGAGAAGGGGAAGAAGAUUGGUCGGUGUGGGUAUCCGGCGGGGUACUAG